UUCCCUUGACAACAACCACAAUCACUCUCUUGACAACAACCACAAUCACUCCCUUGACAACAACCACAAUCACUCCCACGAAAACUCUCCUCACUCCCCACAUGACUCCCACUCCCCACUCGAGGCACAGGAAGGGUACUUGAGGGCGGCGAUGACGUGGCAGGAGCGACACCCGGACUCUUCCCCGACUCAGUUCACUACAGAGUGUGUGUUCGGCUACGACUUCGACCGCACGUACUUCGAGGAGACAGAAGCGACAGAGAUGGGGUGGGCGUGUGGGGAGGUGGGCGCCAUACAGCAGGUCCUACACGCUGCGAUGUUGGGCAACCUCUUCGGCUGUGUUAUCUACGGGGCGCUGGCUGAUAAGGUUGGAAGACGCCUGGUAUUUCUACUGCUGGCGCUGAAGGUGGCGGUGCUGGGUUCAACUUAUGUGUUCCUGAAGGAGAUGUGGGUGGUGCUGAUGGUCCGUUUCCUGGUGUCGAUGGGUCUACCUGUUCUCUACCAGAUUGUUAUUAUUUCAGCCCUGGAACAAGUCCGAGAUGAACACCGUGGGAUGGUCACCUCACUCUCGUCCAUCUGCUUCUCAGUGGGUCAGUGCCUCCUGGCUCUGGUGACCUGGCUUACAGGACACUGGGUCAAGCUGGGUCUGGUGACGAGCGUUCCGGCACUCCUCGCCCUCGUCUACAUCAAGGUCAUUGAGGAGUCCCCAAGAUGGCUGGUGGCCCGGGGUCGUCUGGAGGAGGCGGCGAAGGUGUUACUGAGGGUGGCUAAGAUGAACCGCCUCGCUCCCACCCAUCGAGACGUUCUGGCCAGGUUACAUAAGGCCUGUGGACACCCUCUGGAUUCGCCCCCCAGGACACAGAGAUCCGGCAGGGAGUCCAACGCCUGCCUCGGUAUCCUUGGACUGUUGACUCUAUAUCCUCGACUCUGCUACCGCACCGCUCUAGUCACUGUCUGCUGGACGGUAAACCUCAUCCUAUACUUCAGCAGCACCAUGAAGUAUCCUUACGUCUUCGAGAACCCCUUCCUAGGAUGGUUCUGCACCUCGGCCAUGGAAAUCCCGGCCAAUCUCCUCGUCCUGGUUCUACUGCGCAAGAUAGGACGGCGCCCUCUACAUGCUGGGGUCAUGAGUCUCUGCGCCGCUGCUCUACUCUGCGCUGCGGUCGUGUUGGCUUUUGGUUACGGCGAGAGACACAGAGGGGUGGCGGCGCUGGUGUUGGUGGCCAAGUUCUGCACCUCCAUGACCUUCCUGGUGAUCUACCUGCAGGCUGCCGAGCUGCACCCUACCCCCGUUAGGACCUGCGCUACCGGGUUCGCCUCACUGAUCGCCCUCACCUGUAACAUCUUCAGCCCCAGUAUCCUGACGAUGACACAUCCUUGGCAAAGUUACCUCCUGAUGGGGUGCCUGGGAUGUGCUGGGGUCCUCUCCGCCGCCCUACUACCGGAGACCAAAGACCGGCCCCUCCCCCAGACCUUGGAAGAAGCGGAGAACCUCACUAGAAGGCCAAAGGUCUCCAAGGAUGAAGGCAGGAGAGGAAGUUUGGAGGUUGAUUUGGUCUCCAAGUCCUCAUUAAGUGAUCCAGCGUCUUCAGUGUUAAAGGCGACAGACGUGGAGACUAAUAUAUAGGAGAUAUAUGGAGACUAAUAGGAGACACAUGGUAGAUAAAAUUUCAGUUACCCCAGAUGCCGUUUUCUUUAAUUUUUUUUUACCCGAGUUAAAGAAAACGAGAUGCGGAGGCUAACUUAUUUCAAGAGUCAUGAUAUGGUUUUUUUUUCACCUUUAAUAAUGAUAAAGAAAACGGGUCAUGGAAUAGACGUAUUGUAAGACCCGUUUUCUAUGGUUUCGAAACAUAAAAGAAAACGUAUUGGAGGAUAGACUCAUCUUGUUAGACAUGAGGACCCGUUUUCUAUGACUCCCAAACACUAAAAAAAAUCGUAUUGGAGGAUAGACUCAUCCAGAUACUCACAAAAUCAAUUUCUAAACUUCACAAUAUGUCACACUAGUACAAGAGUCUCCACCAGACACACAAACACACACAUAUAUAAAACAGAAUGAGUAAAAUAACCCUUAGUACCCAAGUCAAUAAGUGAUAUAAUCCUUAACACACGAAUAAUAUAACAACAAAACAGAAUGAGUAAUAUAACCUUUAGUACCCAAGUCAAUAAGUGACAUAAUCCUUAACACACGAAUAAUAUAACAACAAAAAUGCAAUAAUAAAUAUAAUGUAUAAUAAUAGGCAUAAAUAAAUACAUACAUACAUACAUAUAUACAUACAUAUAUAACUCACAUGUAUGAAUUAUAGACAUGGAUCAAGUAUAUAGGGCAUAGUAAUAUAGAGCAUAAUACAAUAUAUAUAUAACUAGAAUUAAAAAUUAUAUUAAGUCAAAUAAAAUAAUAUGGUUAUAGAACAUAGUGGUCAUAUUGAUGGGUUUUCUUUUAUACUGAAGGAGUUUUAUAUUGUA